AUGAAUCACGAAGACACAGCCGCCGAGCUGCACGCCACUCUUCAGCAAAGGAACGGGUCGAUCGGUGACCGCAACCAUGCCGACAUGGCUGGAGCCGACUUGCCAAUCGUCGAGAAUAAAAAGGGCGGAUUGACGGCCGGUGAUGCUGAACAGCAACCAACACCAGAUGACCAGGAACCGUCCGAGGUCGAGAAGCAGACCCUUCGCCAUAUUGGAGACAAGUUCCCGAAGUCUGCAUACUUGGUCGCGGUGGUAGAGCUUUGCGAGCGCUUCACCUACUACGGCUGUCAAGGGCUGUUCCAGAACUACAUCAACAACCACCCAGACGGAAGAGAUGGUGCUCCCGGUCUCGGACUUGGCCAUGCUGGUGCAACUGGACUCAACCUGUUCUUCCAAUUCUUUGCCUACGUUACGCCAAUUCUCGGUGCCAUCAUUGCCGACCAAUAUCUCGGAAAGUACAAGACCAUUCUCAUUUUCGCCGGGAUCUACUGGUGCGGUCUGAUCAUCCUCUGGACCACCGCACUUCCGACAUCAAUCGAACACGGCGCCGCGCUUGGAGGAUAUGUGACCUGUAUCAUCGUGAUUGCUUUCGGCACCGGCGGUAUCAAGUCCAACAUCGCACCUCUGAUCGCCGACCAGUACACUCGACGCAUUAUGGCUGUCAAGACACUCCCAUCUGGCGAACGUGUCGUGAUCAACCCUGCGAUCACCUACCAGCGUAUUUACAUGAUGUUCUACGCCUGCAUCAACAUCGGAUGUCUCUCUCUCCUGGCCACGCCUUUCAUGGAGAAGUACAAGGGUUUCUGGACGGCAUAUUUGAUGUGCUUCAUCAUGUUCUCCUUGGGCGUCGUUGUACUCGUUCUUUGCCGCGGCAAAUACAUCGAUCGACCACCUCAAGGCCGUGUCAUCACCGACUCCUUCAAGGCUAUUGGCAUGAUGAUCGCCAACAGGAACACCAACGCUGCUAAGCCAUCGUGGCGCGCGGCAAAUGGAAAGGCAAAGGCAGUGCCAUGGAAUGACCACUUCGUUGAGGAACUCAAGCGUGCGCUCCGAGCGUGCAAAGUGUUCACUUUCUACCCGGUCUUCUGGGUUUGCUACGGACAAUUCUCCUCCAACUUUGUAUCGCAAGCCGGCCAGAUGGAAGGUCACGGCAUGCCCAACGACUUGAUGCAGAACUUUGAUCCCAUCUCGAUCAUCGUCUUCAUCCCCAUCCUCGACCGCGUCGUCUACCCCGCCCUCCGCCGCUACCACAUCGAGCUCAAACCCAUCGCCCGCAUCACCAUCGGCUUCUUCCUCGCCUCGCUCUGCCUGGCCUACGCCGCCAUCGUGCAACACAUCAUCUACUCCUCCGGACCCUGCUACGGCAACCCAGGCGGAUGUCCAGCAGGCAUGGACGGUAACAAGAAACUGCCCAACAAUGUGCACAUCGCGGUGCAGACGCCGGCGUACAUUUUCAUCGGUGUGGCGGAGAUCUUCAUCUCGGUUACUGGACUGGAGUAUGCGUACACCAAGGCCCCGCCGUCGAUGAAGUCUUUCGUGCAGUCGCUGUACCUCUUUACCAACGCUAUUGGAUCGGCGCUCAGCGAAGCUCUGGUGCCUGCUACCGGCGACCCGGCGAUCAUGUACAUGUACACCGGUGUCUCCAUUGCCGCUGCCUUGACCGCCGUCAUCUUCUGGUUCACAUUCCACCACUACGAUCGCGAAGAAGAGGCCAUGAACGAAUUGGGUGCUCGCGAUGAUGUCUACUCUGGAAAGGGCGAAGACGAGAGUGAGACUCAUAGUCAGGAUGGAAGGGCUCAAGAGCCGAAGGAGAAGAUCUGA